AUGCCGUGUGGGUGGGUUGCAAAAACCUCACCGUGCAUUGUUGUCGGCCUCUUUGCCCGGAAUGCCCUCCGUCGCUUUUCUGGGCUGAAGCGCGACAUCCGUGAUGUGGUCUUCCGUUCACACACGAGCGCCGCGCGGUGCAAAACCCGCCGCGCACACAAUCCGGACAGCAAGAUGCGUCGAAACAGCAGCGUAAAGCGGCGACGGGCGCGGCCCCAGCAGCCGCGGCGGGAAGCCUGCGCGAGGCGUUUUUCGUUGCCCAACCGCCCCUCCACUGCUAAAACGGUGUCGCGCGCUUGCUCCCGUUGGGGGGUCUUGGGGCAGGAGGGGCGAGAGCCCCCCAAGCGGCUGUUCCGCGGUGUCCGGGACGGCAACUGUUUGCGGGUGCCCCUGUGA